AUGUCGCUAAUGGCACUCCAGUGGAACUUCCUGAGUCAAGAUCUUGAUAAAAUGAGGGCAAAAGUAUUGAAUGAGAUCGGUGAUCUAGCAGUUAGACAAAACGCACGACGAUUUUCGAAGCGGACUCAGUUGGCAUUUUUAUCCGAUGAGCAAAUUGGUGGAAGUUGGUUUUUUCGUUUAUUCACAUUUAUACGUUAUUAUCUUUUUACGUUUGUCCAUGCAUUUGAAAUUGUCGGUCAAGAAAAAUUAGAACAGGACACAGGUGUGCUUAUGAGAUCAUAUUCAUUUAUGACACAACCACGUAUGAUUUUAUGUAUGAUUAGUCGUCAUACGACGCAUUGUGCUGAUGUAUUACCCCUACUUAUUUCGGGAUAUCAUAUCACUGGUAGAGUGACACGAGGAUUAAUGCAUCGAUUAAUAUUGCGUUAUUUUCCAUUACUUCGAUGGUUAGGCUCAGUACCAGGAGAACGAGAAUCGGCAGAAGCACUGCUUGAAGCGGGCUUUUUAUGUGGAGUCAUUCCAGGCGGUGGAGAUGAAGGAAUGGUUGGUCAUGAAAAUGCGUACGUAGUGAGAUGGCCGAAAAAAAGAAAAGGAUUCGCUCACAUUGCAAUGAAAGCCCACGCACCGAUAAUACCUUGUUUCCUCCAAAAUCAAGAAGAAAUGAGAUUUAAUCCUUUGUUUGCUCUAGCAAACUUACUCCGAAUCGGACAUUUUUACUCAUAUAUUAUGUUGUUUGAUAUUCCGUAUAUAAAACCUUUACUGUAUCGUCUUGGCAUGGGCAUUUGGUUUAGUUGUACGUGGUUUCAGCUUCCCAUACCUGUUAAAUUAACGCUACAUAUUGGAGAUCCUGUCGAGUACGGAGAAAAUGAUACAAUAGACGAUGUUGUUCAGCGAAGUCGUAACGCACUGCAAGCUCUAAUUAACAAACAUCAGCCGCACGAUCUUGGCUGGAAUGACCACAGUCACUUCCAUCCAGCACUAAAUUUUGUCUAUAUUGUUGAUAAAUAUCAACAGAUAUCAAUCGAUUUAUCAUUGUCAUCAGCGUACGUUUUGAGAAAUAUUUGUAAACGUAGAAUUGUCUCAACUGACUCAAGUUCAAUCGAUUCUGGAACAUCAACACAUUGA